AUGGACUCUCCAAGUUGUUCAAAGAUCACAAGCACAGAUUCUGCAGAAUUCGAUCUUCCAGAACUUCUAUCGGUUACACAAAAUGAACAUCGUUCCUCUAGCUCAGAAUCACCUGCACCUGUACGACAUCUGAGGCCGACAGAAUGCUCAAUUUGUGGAAAAACAGCGAAUGGAUAUCAUUACGAUGUUCCAUCUUGUAAUGGAUGCAAAACUUUUUUCAGGCGACUUUGCAUUUCGGAAAAGCAUUUUGCAUGCAAAGCAAAUGGGGAUUGUUUUGAUUUGACAAAAAGAGCCACUCCGAACAAAUGUCGAGCAUGUCGUUAUGAGAAAUGUAUUUCUGCUGGAAUGAAUCCAAUGGCAAUGCAAGUUGAUGAAAAAGAAGCAACUGCCGGAAACUUCAAGAAGUUAACAAAAAGGGUCAAUCGAUCAGCUUCAAGAGAUUCAGAAGAUGAAGAUGAAGAUCAUGAACUUCAAAUCGAGAAAAUGACUAAGAAACAAGUGAUAAAAAACAUUGCUACAAUCGAAAAUAAGAUGCAGAGAAUGGUGGAAACGUUGAGUUAUUUGGAAUCAAAAGUCAGAAAUUUUCGAAUGUCAGCUUACAAUCCAGACUGGAAAAAACUACCUGGAUUAGAAGGAUUUUUGAUUAUGGCCAACCAGAUCAGUAUUGCUGAUAAAUCUGGGCCGAUGCCCGGAUGGCCAAUGAAGGCUCAGUCUCCUCCUCCAAAACCACCGAAUUUUGCAAUGCAGAAGGGACCACAGUACUCCCCUGAUAAAAAGCAAUGGCUACUGUACGACUUGAUGGUCACUAUUGAAUAUGCCAAAACUUUUAUGUUUUUCCAUCGAUUAGACAUCAAAGACCGAUUGAUUCUGAUGAGAUAUGUGACACUCGCUUUGAUGAAUUUACAUAUUUCAUACUUUUCAAUGCUGAGAAAGUUUGAUACUGUAAUUCAUCCGGAUGGAAGCCAACCACCAAUGAAAUUAGGAAUGGUUUACACAGAAGUCGUAAUGUCGAUAUCUCCACUGAUCAGAUGUGAAAUUCAAGAAGCAGAAUUCGUGUUAUUAAAAGCUAUUUGUCUUUGCAAUCCAGCGGUUCCUGAUCUUUCUCCACACGCUCAAGAAAUUCUUGCCAAAGAGAGAGAACAGUACGCAGAGGCGUUAUUUGAUCAUUGCCUCCGAAAUCGAAAAGACGGUUUGGGUCAGUUUGCCGAGCUGAUUGGUAUGGUCGACCUGCUGGAGCGUCAACAAAGAAUGCAAAAAGACCUACACCUCCUACACGUUGCUCCAUUUGUUGCACACAUUCCACCAGAAAACAAAAUGCGUUUAAUAGACGAUAUUAUGAAUUCCUAG